AUGCUUCUGGACGAGGUUCUUUCGCGGGUUCCUCUAAUACUCUCGUUUCCUACAGUGCUUUUGAGUAGCAACCUCAUUGUUAGCACCGAUGUUGAGCGUAUGGGCGAACCAGGAGCGGUGAUGGAGCUGUUGCUUCGGCAUGCGAUAGCGCCCUUACUAUGUGCAUCAACAGUAGCCGCUGUUGGCGGAGCUUUCGGUACGAUUGAGCGAUUGGAUGCCAGUGCAGCACUGGCAUUCGUGAGCUUUUCAAUUAAUUCCUUGCUGGGACAUACACAGACCUCCGUGCUCUCAGCUCUACUGUUGCAAAUCCUAAGCGGAUGCAUCAGUUUUAGCAGGCUGUACGUUGUUUUCCCAGCGUUAAGUUUGGUUUUGGACUAUCUGCAUGGUGAAUCCUUCUAUGAGACGGUGGUGAGUUACGCGGUUAUUUUAUUGACUUUAUACUGCAGACGUCGCAAGCCGUUGAGUUCAGGCAUGCUAUUCAAAAAACAAUUGAAGCCUGCUCACUUCGCUAUCUUUUCAAUACUCGUCGUCGCCCUUAUGAAUACGAUCUUGGCAGAUCCGAUCGGACUAUUUCCAAGCAUCAGAGAGUCAGGCCUCGGUUUGCAGUACUCCAUGAUUUUUGUAUGCCUUGGUUGCUUAGGUCUACUUUUCGUAAGUUGGAAGGAAAUUUGCGAUGAACCCAGCACUUCAAGCGCAUUAAAAGUAUUGGGUUCGGAGUACGUGCCACCUGCUCUAGGGCUAGCAGCAAUGAUGCUUCAAUUUCUGUCCUUCGAUCGCGAGUCAAAGCCAAUGAUUGGUGAUGCCAUACUCCUUGUAUUCGUUCUUUUCAGUUGGGUAGUAUCGAAGAAGACUUCAUGCCACUUAAAUGAAGCACAUGAAGACAGGCACGAAAACCUGCAUUGCGAAGAGCAUGGUCAACAUGGACAUGAGCAUCAACAUCAACACGGGCACGAACAUGACCAUGACCAUUCUAAUGCAACCAUUGCUGAUGAAAACUCUUAUCAAAAGAGAGGAUUAUUUUUCCAGUUAGCAACAAACAAAGAGACCAGACCCAUUUUUUCCUUUCUGCUACUCAAUGCCACUUUCAUGUUCGUACAGCUUCUUUACUCAUUCCGUUCUAAGUCUUUGGGACUGUUGUCUGAUUCACUGCAUAUGGCCCUGGAUUGCAUGUCCCUCCUGCUGGGUUUAAUCGCAGGCCUUCUUUCCAAAAACCCUCCAAGCGACACUUUCCCCUUCGCACUAGGGUAUUUAGAGACAUUAGCCGGGUUUACAAAUGGUGUGCUUUUGAUCGGUAUAGUUUCUGGUAUUCUGGUAGAAGCUAUUGACAGAGUUAUGAAUCCCACCGACUUGCUGGAAACCAACGAGCUACUUGUAGUUUCUAUUUUGGGGCUUGUGGUCAAUUUAAUUGGCCUUUUUGCCUUUGACCAUGGUGGGCACGCCCAUGACGGAGGUAAUGAAAAUAUGAGGGGUAUUUUUCUACACAUUAUGGCUGAUACUCUGGGGUCUGUUGGUGUGGUUAUUUCAACUACGCUGACAAAAUUAUUCAAUUUACAGAUUUUUGAUCCAAUUGCAUCUAUAUUCAUUGCGCUACUGAUUUUAAUGAGCUCUUUUCCUUUGAUUAAAUCGACAACGGCGAGCAUUUUACUCAAGUUGAAUGACAAACAGACCAAUAACUUGAAGAAUGCUUUAAGUCAAAUAUCCAUGACUCCUGGCAUUACCGGAUACACAACACCACGAUUUUGGCCCUUAUCUUCAUCUGGCGGUCAUGGGGGGCAUUCUCAUUCUCAUGGACACUCCCAUUCUCUUCCUAACAAUGAAGGCUCAUGUGAGACUGAAAAGUCCAAGGACCUUGUCGGCUACAUCCACAUUCAGUACAUGGACGGCGAAAAUUCAACUAUUAUAAAAAAGAGGGUAGAGAAAAUUCUGGAAGGGGUAGGCAUCAAGGCCUGGAUUCAAGUAGAGCAUGCAGACUCGACUUGUUGGUGCCGUUCAUCUUCCUUAAGCGGGGUAUCAUCUGCUUCGAGCAUCCAAUGA